AGCCUUCGGCCUCGGUAAGGUAACUGUUCCGAGGACGAAGGAGCUUAACAGGGUCCAGACUCUAGAGCCCUUGGUGCUCAUAUUAGCUUACGACCUACUCGUAGUGAAGACUGUUCUCGAAGUGCCAAGUGCUGAAGGAGGAAUAUCUGUUGCUUGGGAUUGAUCUCUGUGCAGAAUUUUGACUCUGCUAAACAAUAUGGGAGACGACUUCAGCGCUGUUGCAGCCGGCAGAGGCUACGAAGUUGGCUGGGAUGAUGGCGGAUACGAAGAUUCGAUUGACUGUAACGCAGCCCUUGGCCUCAUAGGACUUCUGGGACUAAUUGAACUUUUAAGACAUACUUUGGUAGACGUGAAUGACGGUUACGAAGACCCUUCUUGCAUGGAAAGAGGCCUCUGCGAGGCCAACCGUCAACUGGUCGAGACCUCAUCGAAUAAUGGCGGGUUUCUCGACGAGGCUACAAACGGCUUCUUGGCCUCCCUGCUAACCCAAGUGGCAGCCAAGUCCUUCACAGGUUACAACUCGAAACGCUACCGGAGGGCGUUGAAGGCAGGAGAGGCAGGUCGAGGAGGAGCGAAUUGCCUAUUGGCCUAUCCCAGGUGUGCGCUAUUGAAGGCUCGUCACAGGCCCUUUGGCAGCGUCAACUCAACGGAGUACCUCCUUCGUCGUAUGGGUGGUACUAUCGCCGUUUAGCCUAAAAGAUUUUGGAGAGUUCGUGUGGAAAUUUACCAUAAUGUCAUCCAUCAUAAUCGUCGUCAUCUAUUACUGGGAUUCUGUGGAUGCACAGAGCAUCAUAAAAACGUUCGUCUCUUUCUUCAUUUGUUUCUUAUAAAUUAAAUUGUUAUCUCAUCACUGCCUCCUAUUAGUCUACCCCAUCAUGUUCUCCAUUAAUCUAUUU